CACAGGGUCCUUGGUUGAAGGACCCCGCGGGGAAGUAAACAAAAAAAAUGAAUGCUAGCGUUAAUUAACGUACAAUCGAUUUUAGUUGAAUUAACUUAGUUGCAGUGUGAAAGUUAUUACGACGCGAUGGCAGAGGAAAAUGAACUGGAAAAGCGUGCAGUGGAGGAGCUCCUAAAGGAGACUGACAGGGCGCGGAUGAGAGCAGAGACCAUGGGCCCUGCAGGAUGGUUGAAGUGUCCCCUGCGGAGCACCAACAAGCGCUUCCUCCUCAACACCCUGCGCUCCACCGGCCUGCAGCGGCGCACAGGUGAGUCCAGAGACGGACACUCCACCACGAGAGGGCGCCUGAGGAGCGAAUCCCCGGACAGAAGCCGCCACCGCAGCAGAACACCUCCCAGAGAUCACAGAAGUAAUGGAGGCCACACAGACCAUAAACAUCAUCACAGGGACAGCUGCAAUAACAAAGAUAAGAAGCAGGAUAGAGACAAAGAGAGGAGUUACAGGCACAAAGACAACAGAGAUCGGAGACAUGGGAGGGAUGGCCAGAACAGAGACAAAGACAGACUUCAUGAAUGAAGACUUCUGUCCAGGGAGGAACACUGAUUUUACACAGGCCACUCCCCGUGCAGAGCCAGGCAGCACAGAGGGGGGGCACUCCUGAAGCUGCUCUCUGACCUGCUGACACGCCUAACAGGCUGCCAGCACACUGUAAGACCUGUUCAGCUGUUUGAGAAGACAUUUAUUGAAGUUUUUAUUCCUGCUGCAGUUCUCACAUGGUAGUUUACUGACCGUUCACUUUUACAUUUACUACCAUUUUGUAUUUGAUGAGGUUUAUUUGAUUACCUUAAAUCGCUCAUAAAGCCAGGAGCCCACAUGAUAUCUUUGCCCCCCCCUUAUUUUCAACUAAAACUGGAGUGAAUAAACUAUCAAGUGGCCGUUGUAGGUCAGGAAACCACAAGGACCUUUCACAGAACUUAUUUUAGCCAUGUUCUUUCCCUCCCCUCUCACAUGACUCAUAGUUUGGAGCAGUUGUGUUUCACCUACAGCAGAGGAGGUUUGAUUUCAAUUAUAAUGUCAUUACCAUUCUUCUGUCAUUAUUCACCGCUCAUAAUGUUUACAUAAGCCAUGCUGCUGUCGCCACUGGGUAAGCACAUUUUAUCGCGUGUCCAACUUUUUGGACAUGUAUACACCGGCUAUCAGAAACGGUUUUGUUUGUCAAAGGGGGAAAAGAAAUCCUGACACUCCUACAUGUGUCCUCGUGAACAUGUGGUCUCCAGCGAUGGAUUAGUCGUCAUUUAAGGCUGUAAUAACUAAAACUUUACUAUAAUAAUAAUACAGUGAUUAAACUCACAAUAUGUCCAGUGUUUUGGUGGGGGUCACUGCUCUUUCAGGACACCAGAUGGACAUGUGCUAAAGCUUGAAAGUGUUUAUUUUUAUAUCUUUCCUCCAUGUGUGUAGCUCAUACUCUUAUAUUGUUCCACACAAACAGCAUUUUAUAAACUUGGCAACAGUCA